AGAAAGACAGAACAGAAUCAUAGUCCUCUUCCUAAAAUAUAAUAAUAAAUUAUAAACCCUUCUUAGAUUCUAAUUAACAUUUUUUAUUUCUUAAUUUAAUUUUUCUAAUUCCUAUAAUAAACAAAAAAACAAGAUUUGACAUUGGCUUUUCCUUUGUGUAUUUUCUUUUGUCAUUGGCUAAGGUUUUCAUUAUAGAAACAACAAGAAGAAGAGGAUAAAUAUUGUUGUCUCUGUCUCUCUUCUUUCUCUCUCUAAACUCAAGAUCUUCCUUGCUUUCGGUGCUUUUUUAAUUUCAGAGUCCUCUGUUUCUUUCUCUCUCUCUCUCUCUCUCUGCCCUUAUUACUCGAUCUAGUCUUUCUGUAAUCUCUGAAUCGAAAACAGACCUCAAAGUUCCAUAUAUUUACAGGUUUAGUUAUCUUCUAGCUUGGUUUUUCUUCAUUGAGUUUAAUGCUUUGGUUAUCAAGAUAAGCUAAGUUAAGCUAAGCUUUCAUUUGGGUUGCUUCUUCUACAAGAUCUUAUCCCAACUCUGCUUACAAUUUAAGCUGAAAAAAAAAAAAAAGAGAGAACUUUAAAAAUUUUCUCAGGAAAGUGAAAGAAGCAAAAAAGAAAAAAAUUCCCAGAAUUUUAUGGGAAAGAUAGAAAGAGGGUACGUCUUCAAAUACUGGCACGAGCUCGUAUAGAUUUUAAGCUUAACCCUUUAUAGAGAGAGGAAAGUAAAAAUCAAAGGAAGAAGCUUUCAUGGAUUCUAGUCAUCAACAACAUCAGAAUCAUCAACCCAAUUCAGGGUUGUUGAGAUAUCGUUCAGCUCCGAGUUCUCUCUUUGUGAAUUUCAAUGAUAAUAAUAAGAACAGUUUUUCAAUGGAGGGUUCUGAAUCAGAGAGAUUGUUCUCUGGAUUCGUUAAUUAUAGUGGAAGCAAUGGUAGUGAAUCUUGUCCGCCGAGUUUUCGAGAUUUGGACGAUAAGUCUUCGGUUAUGGGAGGUGGCCAACAGAACCAGAGGUAUAAUAAUAGUGGGCUUCCUCCUCAUUAUCCAAGACAAAGCUCUAAUAUGAGUAACUCUGUUUUGGAUAAUGGUUCCUUUGGAUUAAUGGGUUCAAUGGCUAUGGAUACUCAUAAUACUCAGCCUAAUAAGUCUCUCAACUCCAAUCUUCUUAGGCAAAGUAGCUCCCCUGCUGGCCUUUUUUCUCAUAUCUCUCUCCCAAAUGGCUAUGCCACCAUUAAAGGCUCUGGAAACUAUGGUGGACUGAAUAAUAAUAAUAGUAAUGGUACUGCUAGUCAAGGGGAAAUGAGUCCACCAACAAACAGAUUGAAGAGUCAGCUUAGUUUCUCACCAAGAAUUCCUUCAUUGGGUAUGUUAUCUCAGAUUUCAGAGGUUGAAAGUGAGAACAACCUUGAGGCAAAUACACUUGAUGAAGAAAAUAAGCUUGGAAAUAAUAAUGAGAAUAAUACUAGUGAUGUUCAAUUCUAUGGCUCUGGAUUCUCAUUUGGUUCUUGGAAUGAUUCAUCAAAUUUCUCAGAUAGUUAUGGUGGUUUAAGAAGAGACCAAGAUAAGAAUAAUGAAGAGAUGGGAAACCGAAUUCAGUUGCUGUCACACCACUUGAGUUUGCCAAAAUCUUCUGCAGCAGAAAUUAGUAUGGAAAAGUUCUUGCAUUUUCAAGAUGCUGUUCCUUGCAAAGUUAGAGCAAAGCGUGGUUGUGCUACUCAUCCAAGAAGUAUUGCUGAAAGAGUAAGAAGAACCCGAAUCAGUGAACGAAUGAGAAAACUGCAAGAGCUUGUCCCAAACAUGGAUAAGCAAACAAACACUGCAGACAUGUUGGACUUGGCUGUAGAGUACAUCAAAGACCUUCAAAAACAGUUUAAGACACUCAGCGAUAAACGGGCGAAUUGCAAGUGUUUAAAUAUGCAGAAGGCAAUCCCAAAUCAAGUUAUUUGAUUUAGUUCCAAACAGAUAAAAGAAUCUGAUAAUGAAGUAGUAGUGAAUAGAAACUACAUCUUAUUUUUUUCUUUAAUGCACUAAAAAGUCCAAAGUAGAAAGAGAGUUACAAGAGUUUUACUACCCUUUUUAGCUGGUGUGAAGGAGAAGGUUAAAUUGUCUUUCAAGAUCACACAAGCUAACAAGUGUUUCUAGUUACUUCAAUAUAAUGCAAAAAGAAAUGGGAAAAAGGAAAAAAGUUGUAUAUGACAUGUCCUAAUAAUGCAUUUUCAUUUUUAUGUU